AGGAGUUGAUCUCGUGUCAUCAGGACCUUUCUUUGCGUUGCGCUGCAUCAACACAUGAUAUAUUAUCAUACUUUGAGUAAUAGAAGAAGAGUAUUCCUAUGAAUCCUUGAAAGAAGGUUCGGUUGGAUGACUUUUCUUCUUCUGGUUUCCUUUGACAGUGGUAUUCCUGCCAUGGUGGACCUGGCAGCCAUGAGGGACGCUGUGGCCAAACAUGGCGUGGACCCCUCCCUGGUCAACCCUAAAUGCCCCACAGACCUCAUCGUAGACCACUCAUUACAGAUUGAUUAUAGCAAAUGUGCCAUACAGAAUGCUCCAAACCCGGGAGGGGGAGACGGGCCUAACCAGAGUCAGGGCCCUUCCCGGUCCACAGCCUCCAGGCGAGGCUCACAGUGUGGGAGCCAGCGGGGCUCCUGUAGCAAAGCUUCCUGCAGUGACCCUCCAGCCUCCCCGGGUCGCCCUGGAGCCUCGGUGCCAGCAGAUCGAGAAUACGCCGCUCCUCUGCCCUUUCCACCUGCAGCCUGUGUCUGAAAAUGAAACUUCUCUGAAGAAUCAAGAAAUGGAACUGGUCAGAAACAAAGAGAGGCUUCAGUUCUUUAAGUGGUGUUCAAAAGCCUUCAAGAAUGUGAACGUGGUUCCUCCGGACGUCGGUGCGGUCCACCAGGUGAAUCUGGAGUAUCUGUCCAGAGUGGUUCAGGUCAGCGAUGGUUUCAUCUACCCGGACAGUGUGGUGGGAACCGACUCACACACCACCAUGAUCAACGGCCUGGGCAUCCUCGGCUGGGGUGUUGGGGGGAUCGAGUCAGAAGCGGUGAUGCUGGGCCAGCCGGUGUCUCUGACCCUUCCUCAGGUGGUGGGCUGUAAACUGGUGGGCUCCAUCAACCCUCUGACCACCUCCAUAGACGUCGUCCUCGGCAUCACAAAGCACUUGCGGCAGGCUGGGAUCGCUGGAAAGUUUGUAGAGUUCUUUGGACCUGGUGUCUCUCAGCUAUCCGCUCCCGACCGAACCACCAUCGCCAACAUGUGCCCAGAGUACAACGCUACCGUCAGCUUCUUCCCCGUCGACCAAGUCACUCUCAAGCACUUUAAAAAGACAAAUUUCACACAGGAAAAACUUGAAUUACUGGAGUCUUACAUGAAGGCUGUUCAACUCUUCCGAAGCUAUGAAGACCCCUCAGAAGACCCCCAGUACUCUGAGGUGAUUGAGAUCAACCUGAGUUCCAUAGUGCCCCAUGUGAGCGGACCGAAGAGGUCUCAGGACAGAGUGGCAGUCAGCAGCAUGAAAGAAGACUUCCAGAGUUGUCUUAAUGAAAAGCUUGGCUUCAAAGGCUUCCACAUCUCCAAGCAGAAGCAGGACACGCAGGUUCCUUUCCUGCACUGCGGUCAGGAGUAUCAGCUGGCCCACGGCUCGCUGGUCAUCGCUGCUGUUAUCAGCUGCACCAACAACUGCAACCCGUCUGUCAUGCUGACCGCAGGUCUACUUGCCAAAAAGGCUGUGGAGGCGGGGCUUGUUGUCAAGCCUUAUAUUCGCACAAGCCUGGCUCCUGGAAGUGGCAUGGUCACUCACUACCUCAAUACCAGUGGAGUCCUGCCUUACUUUAGCCAGCUGGGGUUUGAGGUGAUUGGUUACGGCUGUGCAACCUGUGUGGGGAACACGGCUCCGCUACCAGAAGCUGUCGUGGAUGCAAUCAAACAGGGCGACCUGGUGGCCUGCGGCGUGCUCUCUGGCAACAGGCACUUUGAAGGCCGUCUGUGUGACUGCGUGCGAGCCAACUACCUGGCCUCCCCUCCUCUGGUCGUGGCUUAUGCUCUUGCGGGAACUGUGGGAAUCGACUUUGAGAAAGAGCCUCUGGGUGUGACUUCAGAGGGGAAGGAGGUGUACCUCCGUGACAUCUGGCCGUCCAGGGAGGAGGUCCAACAGACUGAGGAGGACACAGUCAUCUCCUCCAUUUUUAAGGAUCUCAGGGGAAGGAUGGAGAAAGGGAACACGCUUUGGAGCAACAUUGAAUGUCCAGACUCCGUGGUUUUCCCCUGGGAUCACAAGUCCACAUAUAUCCGUUCACCGUCUUUCUUCAGCAAGUUGAGUAAAGAGGUGCCACCUCCUCAGUCCAUCGAGAACGCUCACGUCUUACUGUUCCUCGGGAACAAAGUGACCACGGAUCACAUCUCUCCAGCGGGCAGCAUUGCCAGGGUCAGCGCCGCUGCCAAGUACCUGCUGAGCAAACGCCUGACACCGCGGGAGUUCAACUCGUACGGCGCUCGCAGAGGGAACGACGCCGUGAUGACCAGAGGCACGUUCGCCAGCAUCAAGCUCCAAAAUCGGUUCAUCGGCAAACCAGGCCCCAAGACUUUGCACAUUCCUUCAGGCCAGACGCUGGAUGUCUUUGAGGCAGCUGAUCGCUAUCAGAGGGACGGCGUUCCCCUCAUCAUCCUGGCAGGCCAAGACUACGGCUCUGGAAACUCCAGGGACUGGGUCGCCAAAGGACCAUACCUGCUGGGGGUACGCGCCGUCAUCGCCGAGAGCUUUGAGAAGCUGCACAAGAACCAGCUGGUGGGAAUGGGCAUCAUGCCGCUGCAGUUCCUGCCUGGCGAGAACGCAGACACGCUGGAGCUCAGCGGGAAGGAGAGGUUCACCAUCACCCAGCCGGACAGCCUGAGUCCGAGGCAGCAGCUCACCGUCAAGACAAGCCAAGGAAAGUCCUUCCUCGUCACCGCACUGUUUGACACUGAGAUGGACGUUAUCUUUUUCCAACACGGAGGUCAUCUUCGAUAUGUUGCUCGGACUUUGCUCUGAAACGGCCUGGGCCCCCCCCCCCGAGCUGUACUCGAUGUGCCCGGCAGCCGUCACCAUUUCACCAGUUUGUCUUCAGCAUGGACGAAAAACAGCUACUGAGAGCAACAUGAAGGCGGAUGAUUUGUCUGUUUGAGGUGGAUGAACAUCUGCAGACUUUUGGAGGAAUACAAAGCGCAGGAAGACGUAGAGACGGAGAUUGUACCCCAGACGACCCCCAGACGACCUUUUAGACAGUUGUUUGUGAUGUAUUGUGUUGGAGACCGACUUUGCAACGUACUUACGGGACAUUUCUUUCAUCAUGGAGUCGAGCCAAGAAGAAAUGAAUUCUGUCGGCUUCUGUUGUCAUUUAACAAAAUGAAUAAAUGAAACAACCCUGCCUAGAAAGGCUUACAUGGUGCGAGGUACUACGGCAUGAAUACCCUGUUAGGGUGUGGUGUAGCCUGCUUUUACCAACAUCAAGUAAAGUCUCAUUUUGCAGAAUUGAUGUCAGUUGCUCAUAUUUCCCAUUGAGGCCAAAUAAUCUUAUGUAAAUUAAAGUUCUGUUAAUAUUUCUUUAAUGGAAUUCCCGUUUGCAGUUGCCUCCUUAUAAUCCAUUUGUGUUAUGUGGAAAAUGUGAUACCCUGAUUUUUGCUCUAUCAUAAGCUACAUAAAGAUGGUUCCUGCUACAGCUGACGGGCCUCUGCGUCACAUUAAAGCUAAAUUGUAAAACA